AUGUUUGAAAAAAGUAUUUUUCUUUAUUUCUUGUUUUUCGCCUUCAGUUUAUCAAUUGAAGCUGAUCCUCAAGCCUACGAUAGAUUCUCACAAUACGACAAAUGUUCAACAGCGACAUGGUCAAAACAAGGAAUCACAGUUGCUGGUGGUCAUGGCUUCGGACGACAGUUGAACCAACUGGCCGAUCCAUUAGUGGCGUAA